AUGGACAUGAGACCACAGACAAUUGCCUUGACAGCCGCCGCAACAUUGGCCGCCCUCAGUAUUGGCUAUAUGGUCUACUUUGACUACAGCCGCAGAAGCGAUCCCGACUUCAAAAAGAAAUUGACGUCCCUAAGUAAGUAUCCCCCACACACAGGACGCGACAGAAAGAUGGCUGCCAAGGCUGCCAAAGAGUCCGAGGAGAGCUCCAAGAUGGGAAGAGUUGAGUUGAUUGAACAAGUCAUUAUUGCCGCUGCCCAGGAGAACUAUCCUACUACUCCCGAGGAGAAGGAGCAGUAUUUUAUGUCCCAGGUGGCUGCUGGUGAAGCUCUCUGUGCACAGGGCGAGCCUUUCUAUAAUGAGGCAAUUCUGCCAUUUUACAAGGCAUUGAAGGUCUAUCCCGCUCCUAUGGAGCUUAUUAUGAUUUACCAAAAGACACUUCCUCCCCCUGUCUUUGAGAACAUUGCAAACAUCAUGGCUAUUGAGCAACAAGCCGCUGCCCCUGAGGAGUUCAAGACCGAAACAGUAGAGAUCGAGAUUGAUAACUAG